CUCGUAGAACAACAUCGACACUAGCUAGAAAGCAAAAGAAAAACAGUUAAGGGGAAAUCAAAGUUUAUCGAAAGCCAAAGCUACAAAAGCCAUCUUCUGCCAGCAAUUCUCAAGAAUGGAGAAAUGACGCCCUGCAUUUCUUGCAAGGACUGUUGUAUCAUAAUCCCCUCAUCUACCGACCUCUUCGAAUUUCUCACUCGAACCUUUAAUUCCUCCUAAACCAAACAACUCCAGCUUACUCUCCCGCUUGCAACCAAUGAAAUUAGCUUAAACUGGCCACACAACACAUGAAGAAUCAGGCACUCCAGCAGAGACAGCAGCCACAAUCAAGCAAAUCUUACGUGGUGGCUGCUGCUGUUGCAAGGGAAAGCACUGCCGCUGAAACACCCUUUCUUCUGCUUAACCCCUUGCCCACGUUCCUCCAGCACAAACGUGGAGUUCGUCUCUCCAUCGCUGAACAGAACGCACCAAAAGCAAGGACCCUUCUGUAAUCUCCCAGCUUAACUGUUGUUCGAUUCUUGUUUAUGAUUGCCACGGUCUCGUUGGCAGGGUUUCAUGCAACAUUAAUUGAAUGAAUGAUCAGUAUCGAAGGACAAUGUCCAGUUUGGAUAUUGUACUUGCCUCAAUUCCUUUCAGUUUCUCGAAAUGACAGCAAACGGUAGCUUCAACAAAUUCAUCUCUACUAAACCAAGUAGCAAGAGUGGACAUAAGCUAACAGCAACCGUACUGCCUACUGAUUAGAGUGUUCAAGUUUAUCAGUCAAUUGGAGAGCAUGCAGCUUACGGCAUUUUGCAAGAGUUUGUGCAGAGAACUCCCAGAAUGUCAAUCACUGUUCAAAUUCAACCUUCUGGAGCACUUGCAGUUUAUUGAAUACAAAUCCAAAGGUCUCUCUUUUACUGUCUACUCAAUCAUAAAGAACACAAAAUGAGCACUUGUAGGCCACAACAAAAAAUAGCAAACCAAGAGAAAGCACCGGAGAGCUGAAUAUUCAGAAUCAACUGCACCAGAAUAUUUUACCUCAUAAUGAGCACCAGAACAUUUUGCUUGCCAAAGACACUCAUCAAAUUAUCUCAUCCACAAACCUUGAUCAAGUAUUCACCAAACCAAUCACCCAUGUGAGGUAGCAUUUAUCAUAUUAAUAGUUUCGCAACAGUAGAUUCUGAACCGGGGAUAACUGGAAGGCGGGACAUAGGCACAACAAUACUGACAAUUAUGCUUACUAUAACUCUCACGUUGUUUGAUCAUAACAAAUUUCAUUUCUCGAACCCUGUUAAGGUCUCGGUUAUAUAAAAAUCCUCCCCUAAUUAGUGAAUUUGAAAUGGAGCAGAAGGGCAAUUGGAACGAGGGACACUGGGACGCUACUUCAAAUCAUUAACUUUCUCAAACAACAUAGGUCACAAUGUAUUAUCUCGACCAAGUCAAUCCAAGGUUCCCCUCUAGUCUCCAGUUGGGACAUUCCCUUAAAAGACGCAGAAAAGCAGCUGGAAUAAGCAAACAGGCAGCCAAAUUGAGAGGCACAAUGGGGUACGAUUGUCAUGAGUAAAAUCAUUUGUCCCAAAAAAGAGUGUUACGAAGUAUUUUUCUCAAUCAUAAAAUCAUUCCGAAGUUCUCCCCCAUGACUCCAUUAAGACCAUCAUUCAACAAGACCCUUCACGAUUAAGAAUGUGAAAUGGGGCAAGGAACAACUAGAACUCCUAGACGGGCACCUCUAGGAUACCACUUGUAGAACAUUAGUUCUCAUUCUCAAACAGAAUCAGUAUUCACUUUAUCAUUAUUGGUCGUUCCAAAGUUCCCCGUAAGACAAUUUAGGGCUUCCACAUAAAGGAUAGGGGAGAGGGAGGCACUCAAAUGCCUAAUUGAUGAACUCAAUCUUGAGUGAUAAUGGGACUGGACUAUCACACCUUUCUAACAUGGCUACCAAGCAUGAUUUUCAUCAUUAUUAACUAAGAGUAACACUCUCUAUUUACAACGCUGCUCAGACAAUUAAUAGCUUAAGAAACCAGGCAGCCCAUGUGUAAUUAUGUUAUUCAGCUUCAAGUAUACAGAAAGGAAUAUGGACCAAUAGAUCAUUAGGCUUACGGGUAAGGAGAAGCAUCAUACCUUUUUCCAUCAAGAUCCAGCCUUGGAAAAGCCGAAUGAUCUAAUUAUAAUGAGUGUCCUAAAGAAGUUAUUGUCCUGAAGAAACAAAAUAGGUAGAAAACACUAAGAUUGAACUCCAAAUCAAUUUAGUUGCUCACUUAUAGAAAUAUAGCAGACUACAGUGAGAAUGCAUAUCAUAAGGCAGCUGAACUGUGAGGCAUCAAGUAAAAGCUGGAAUUCAAACAAGCGUUCAAAGGCAAGCCUCUUUAAAGAGAUGCAACUUGGGGCAAAAUUACAACACAUUUCAAAUAAUAAAUUCAUAUGGGCGUA